GGGGGAGCUGUGGAGAUAUGGGGGGGCUGUGGCUCAGGAGAUGUGUGGAAGGAUACCGGAGGGUGGGGGGUGGAGCAGGAGGGAGAAUGAGUGGAGAAAGGAUGGCGGUUGGAGGCCAAGCCCUAUCAGAGGGGUGUUGGGUAUGGAGACCAGCAGGGAAUGAGGCGGGGGGCGCUACUCACUAGAUGUAUGGGCUGCAGCCCUGGCAUGGUCAGGCUCAGCUCUCUAUCCCCCUAGCCUGGGGAACUGUGCAGAGGAGCACAGUCUUGGUGCUGCCAGAGACCUAGAAGGGCCUUUUUCUGUGGUUCCGCUAGCCGGCAAGAGUGCAUGUGCCUGCUGCAUCAGCUUUAGAUAGGCUGCCCCAGCCCAUCCUCGUGCUGCCCAAGAUGCUUCUUACUGUACCCUCUCAUUUUUCUCUCAUCCCUGCCUCCCGGGCUUUCUCCAUACUAUCCCAUACACUGAGCCAAGGCAGGGACACCUGCUAAACACAAAGGUACUAUAGUUAAGGCAUGUGGCUCCCACAUACAUCUACCUGGAUGGGAGUCUUGUCUGUGCAAGCCACAGAAGCUGCUAGUUCUUGAAGGCAGCUUUGGUGACUGAGGUGUCAGACACUGAAAAAACACAUAGGGGAAGAACAUGUUGUUUGUAAAUCAAACAUCCCAAAAAGGGCAGUGUUCUCUUUGGACAGCUCUGGGUCACUGGAGACAGUCUAGUCUUACAAAUGAUGGAUUGUCACAAGGAAGACCUUGCAGUUUUAUUUCAGAAUGCUUUGUUGAUUGUAGUAUGUCCUGUUAUCAGAUUCAGAGGUGGAGGAGGUCCUAGGGUGCCAAUAAAGUAUUUCUUUACCUUUUGCCAGGCACAUUUCUGAAGUGAAAGUCCUAAGUAUGUGUUGGCAAGGCUAACUGCAUCAAAUAUUGGCUUCACUAGUAUUUAGCUUGUGAAACCCACACUCACUUACCUCUGUGUAUGAAUGGACUUAUCAAGGACAGGGGCCAUUUUCACUUGGAUCAGUGUGCAGGACUCAGUCUGGCACUUCAUGCCCUAAUCACCUGGUGAGAUUCUAGCUUGCCCAUUGGUUAAGCACCUUUUACCAUUCAUUGAGACUUGAAGCUUCAGUAGACUCUUGUUUUAUUUCCCUCCCCUCUCCCGUUCCCCGAGGUAGGAAGAAGCCCUAUUCCCAUGGACUAUUUUUAAAAGUUCAGCACCAACAAUAAUGACAGUCUAGUGGUGUUGCCUGGCUGAAGGCUGUUUCAGCCUCAGUUUUCAUAGCUUGGAGACGAUUUUGUGUUGAUCAAAGCAAAAGUGUGCUGAGCUCCAGGGCAAGGAUGGUCUGUAAUAACCACCACAUAAUGACUUUUAGAGAUUAUCAAUGCACCUGCUAAAUGAGUUGCUUGACUCUCCUAACUGGAGGAAAACUGCAGCAAAAUCCAGUUACGAGGGGACUAGAUUUUCAUCAAAGCUUAGGAGGGUUGUUUUUAUUCCUGCGCUUCAUAGGCUCAGAAAUAAUACGUAUUUAACUAGAUUGACCUGAAAAAGAUCUGGGGAGGGCCACAUGUUUAAAGUAUAACUUUAAAUAAAACAAAACAAAUUCACAGUUCAAUAAAAUUGUCUUGAGGUGGUCAGAACUAUUUUUUCCCUCUUUUUAGAGUUUAUGUAAUGAUUAUAUCAAAGACUAAAAGCCUCUGUUCCUGAUUUUUUUUUGUUUUUGUUUUAUGACUUGAUCCGGCCUUGGAAAAGUCAUUUUAUUUACCUUUAUAGCAUAGUUUCUACAAUGACUAAAGUUAUGUACGUUUUAAAAAAAAAAAAAAAUUUUAGGUUUACUGGAUGAAGAAGGAUACGUGAAUUUUAUUUUAUAAGUGGCCAAAUACUCCCUUCAGACAUUGUGAACAAAACUGUCUCUUAGUCUGGGACUUUGUGCAAAGUUUUGUCCUGCAGUGAAUUUUAAUCGCUAAAUUAUACGCCUCUGUAAAGCAGCGUUGCUCAUGGAAAUAAAAUAUUUUAGAACCUUAAUUAGAGCUGUACCAUAUAAAUAUUUUUUUGAAAGAGUACAAAUAUGUUUUCCUUUACCUAGCACUUUCACAAAAGCUAUGAUGAAAAUUGCUUCGUAAAAGCUAGGUGCUAUUACUUCCAGAUGAUAAAAUCAUAUAAGAAAGUACAAACUUCCUUUCCUUAAAGUUUUCAAAUGUUUAAAAUCAACAAAAAAAAUUAACUGCUAUGUAAGUGUGAUCACAUAAAAAUCUAGUGAGAAACAAAUGAAAUUCCUUGAGGGUUUUUUUUUUCCUCCACCCUUCCUCCUGUUACAAGGAUUUCAUAUGUUCUGAAAAGCAGAGCACAGAGUUUAAUUUUUGACAGUUUCUCCCAGCAUAGAACAAGGGCCCAUACCUGAAAAAAGCACACUUUCACAACUGUUAAUGCUUUUCAGAUAACAGUGGAAGAUCUAGCUUUGUAAACAGAAGCUGAAUUUUGAUGUCAUGCCUCAGUAUGGUCACUGAAAGGUUUUUAUUAGUUUUAAAACAGAAGAAGAAACCAAAGUAAAAUCAUUAAAAAUAUUAUAGCCUUAAUUCACUUAAAUAAUUAAGGACUCAAUUGUGUGACCUUUUUAAUAGUAAAACACUUCAACUGAAGCAAAAUUUAACCCUAAUUGAGUUAUUUCCUUGUGCAUUUUUGAAUAUACUUAUUAUAUGUUGUGUUUUUAUUCUAAUCGAUUCAGAGAUAUUACUUACUGGUGAAUUUUAUGGGAUUCUAUCUUGCAGGGUUUUUAGAGCAACUAAGAAACAUAAAUGACCAGAGUCUUCAUCUUAUAAUGGCAGGAAAUUGAUCUUGUGAUCUCUGGGUAAUCUUUUGGAAAGUGAAAAUACUCCAAAGGUCCUGCCAGUAUGUUCUUGUUCUCCAGCCCCAAAUACAGCAAGCAGUUAGUACUAUGGAUAUGAGUAAGAAUCACAGCAAUUAAACAUCUAACUGUGCUAUUGCUGGAAUCCAUGUAAUUGUCCAUUUAUUCUGUUUUUUUCCCCCAUUAGAGGAACCUACUAGUAGAGUCCUAGCAGAGAAUACCAAACGCUUAGUAGCGUGAUAAAAGAUCUCCAGAUAAUUCGCACGUACCUAGCACAAACCAUAGCAUCCAGUGAGCUUUGCAAAAUGAAGUUUUAAAUCACAACAUAUGUAGGAGGUAGGUCAAUCUAAUUUUAUCGAUAAAACUUUUCUGUGCCUUGAUUUACUCAGGUGUAUUCCUCAUUACACAGUGAGUCAAUGACAAAGCUGAGAACAGAUCUUGAGAAGCCUGAUUUCUAGUCCCAUGCUGCAAACACCAAAAUGCACUCCAUUAAUGUUUUAUAAUUCCAAAAAGUAUCUGGUUUUUCAGUUACUGCUCUGACCAAAUAGAAACUUACCCAAGUCUGUGUGAUGCUUGUGUAGACACAGGCUUGUGCUCCUCAUUUUACUAGCUAAACACUUCAGUAGCUUUGACCAAUUAGCUAUCUUAAGCUGGAGUUUGUCUAUUUCUAAAGAAAAAGUAUACAGUACAGGUCUGGGAAUCUGGAGUACUGCAUUCCAAAGUCACCAGGCGGUUUGCUUGAGGGUCUGCCUAUACAAAUGUUUCAGUACACAAUUAGUCUUAAUCAGUUCAGUUGGACUUCUCAUGUCAAUAAAGUCAUGUUGGUGCUUGAGCAUUUGCUGGAUUGAGCUCUUGGUGGGAAAUUUCUUGUUUAUAAUAUUCCUUUGGAGACCAACUAGUAUCUUAUUGGUCUCUGCGACAAUUGAACAGUGCAUUUCCUUCUUCACUUCACUGCUAACAUCUUUUCUUCAUUCACUGGUAGUGCAUGUAGAUAUAGUAAUUGGAAUAAAAAUAAUCAAUUUCUGAGCUAAACCCCUUAUAGUUAAACAGAUGCUAUAGCUGAGAUUUGUACAGAGGGAUUGUUAAGGGAAAUAAGCAAAGAGAGAAAUUUUUAUGGGAAAUUGUGAUAAACAUUUUUGACAACCUCUACAAUUUUAUAUUUUUAAAAAUCUUGAUAUGAUCAAUAUGGGAAAUAUACAGACAUAAGUAAAAGUCUCUGCAUCUUGGACUUAAAAGUUCCAGUGCUUAAAAUCAUUUAAAAAACAUUGGAUUGUUAGAUAGUUGUACUAAUAACUAGUCACUAGUUAGGUUACAUCUGGAGCCAAGGUUCAGGGAUAUUCUGAUCUGACAUUAUUUACCUAAAAUUGUGUAUUUGAAUUUGUUCUAUGCGGGUUAGAUUAUUCCAAAACAAUAUGAAAUAUAAUUGUUUUUCUAGUGCAGAAACUUCCAGGACUUGAUAAUAUCUGGUAGAUAUUGCACAUAACCAGUUUCCACUGACUUCAGUGGAAGUUGUUUGCAAACACUGGUUGCAUAAUCAGACUCCCAGUAUUCAAAGUGACUAUUUUUUAAUUAUAUUUAGAGUAAGAGUGGCUAGUGUAUAACAGUGAAACUCAAAUGAUGGAGCAGCUUGUUGAAAGCUGCAAAACCAAGAUAACAAGAAACUUGCUUUAUACCAUUUUUUUUGUAGGGAAACAAAUGGAAACAGGAAUAUUCAUAUACAAAAUUACAUCAUGAUUGGUAAUGAAUUAGUGGGCUGUUUAAGGCAUAUUCAGUACAUGUGCGGAAUCAUAGAUUGAAUCGAGAAAGGUAAGUGUAUGCCGUAGGAGGACAGCAUACUAAAUCUGAGCAAGGGAAUAGGAAGCGGUCAAGUCAGGAGAAAACUUCCAGAGCAGUCCAUGAAAAGAGGUUCUCACAGUAAAGGGAAAAAAUGAAAUCCAAAUCCAUCAGUCAAGAAGUGAUCAAUCUCUGAUUUAAAGUUUGAGUGUAAGUAUAUAUACAGGAAUGACAGGAAGUGUGACACUGUCACUUAUAUUCUUGAUUCUGCCACAGGCUCUCUGUGCUCUUCUGUGUGCCUCAGUUUCCCCCUUUUGUGAAGUGGGGGAAAUCUACAUGAGAGGAGAGUUGGAUGAAUUCAGUAAUGUGUGCAAAGCACUUUGAGAUCCUUGGAAGGCUGCUUAUAAAUGCCAAAUAUUAAAUGUAGCAUCAUAAUAAGUGGUAUUUCUCUUUAAUGAGAAGAGGUGGCUUGGUAAAUGCUAUUUGGAGUGUCACUGAUGGUGAUCAGGAGUGUUUCCUGUGAAAAUGAUGCACUACAAGCUAGGUAUGUGCUUGGCAUGGCUAAACUGCUACCAUUGCUACAACGCUAUUUAUGCUUGCACUAACUCAGUGGUACUCAGACUGAGGCUCGUGAGUCGAAAGUGACUCUUUAAUGUGUCUUCUGUGGCUCUUUGCAGCACAUGAUAUUAAAACGUGAUUUAAUUAGUAACCAGUCAGGAUGAUUUCACUAGAGAGAGAGAGAGAGAGAAACAAAUUCAUAGAGAGAGAGAGAGAGAGAGAGAGAGAGAAACUGAAUUCACACUAUUGUGGCUUUUGGGUAAUGGUCACUAAUUUGGCUCCUGAACCACUGAGGUCUGAGUAUUACUGUCUUAGCUCAUAGCAUAGAGGUAGAUCAGAUCAUCAUUUUCCUCUUUGGCAUUGUUUUUAGUAAUAUGUGUGCAACUGGGUGUGUACAUGCCUAUAUGCAGUGUAGUAUCUUAUGGUGCAAUGCAAAGGCGGUGAAAGACAUAUCUAAACCCCUCUGGUCAAGGGUGGCAGGAUUAAAGAAACUCCCCUAGCCUUAUUUGCAUUAAAAAGAUGGGAUGGGGAGGCAUCUCCCUUAGCAUACAGAAUGGAGAACAGAGAUUCCAGCGCAAGAACUGCACUGAACUCUGGGACCAGAACAGCAGGAAAGCACUGCAUGAUGGGGAUCUCUGCUCCAGAUGUUAAUGAAUCCAUGUCUGCACACCCCCAACUCAGUAGUUAUCAGACCAAUUCUAGUAAUAAAUCCUUUAUUGGUAUCCAAAAUACUGAAGCUGCCUAAUUGUAUUGUGAGUUCCCUCGAAGGAAUGCCUCCCAUAGCCAAGAAUGAGCAGUUCCUAUUGUCUAGCCUGAACAAAAGAGCUUUGGUAUACUCCCUUGAGCCAUCAAUUUACCCAUAAACAAAUCUAGUUUUCUGUCUUGAAUCAUUGUUCUUUCCCUACAAAAACCCCUGCCCAUGCUCAAGUAAGUGCUCUGAUGCCUGGAUCCAAAAUAUACAUCAAUUCCACUGGGACUUACCUUCUCCUGACUGAUCGUGCUGGGGGCUCUGCCUUUCUCCAGCACUCCGGACCCUCAGCUACCACCACCACCUGGGAACUCUGAUGGAUUCAAGCUUCAUGGACUGCACAAUGAAUAUAGACGAUGAGGCCCAAUGGCUUGAGUGGGUAACGAAGCAGUUUGAAAGCAUCGCUGGGGAAGAUAAAGAAAUUGACUUGGAACAAUUCAAAACCGCUCUGAAAGUGAAAGAGUCCUUCUUUGCUGAGAGGUUCUUUGCAUUGUUUGAUUCUGACGGAAGUGGAACCAUUAGUUUAGAUGAGUUACUCAAAGCCUUGAACCUUCUCAUACAUGGAGACGAAACGGACAAGCUAAGAUUCCUUUUCCAAGUUUACGAUGUAGAUGGCAGUGGUUCCAUUGACCCGGAUGAACUGCGCACGGUCCUGAAAUCAUGUCUGAAGGAGAGCGCAAUAUCCUUGCCAGAGGAGAAACUGGACGACCUCACACUGGCUCUUUUUGAGUCAGCAGACAAAGACAACAGUGGCUCCAUCACUUUUGAGGAACUCAGGGAGGAACUCGAACGCUUUCCAGAGGUCAUGGAGAACUUAACCAUAAGUGCCGCGAACUGGCUAAAGCCCCCGACAGUCAAACAGAAGAGCCACACGUCACGCUACUUAACCCCAGCCUACUGGCACAACAACAGGAGCAAGCUGCUCUUCAUGGGUGGCUACCUGUGCCUGAAUACCCUCCUCUUCACCUUGGCUGCUCUGCAGCACGCGCCUCUCGGGGGCUGGGUCAUGGUGGCGAAAGGCUGCGGGCAGUGUCUGAACUUCAACUGCACGUUCCUUGGGGUGCUCAUGCUGCGCCGUUGCCUGACGUGGUUGCGAGCUACCUGGGUUGCGAAAGUUUUCCCACUAGACCAAAACGUCAUCUUCCACCAGCUCGUGGGGUAUGUGGUGGGGGCUCUCACAGCAGUUCACACCGGAGCACAUGUGGGGAACUUUGUCAGGCUGACUCAGACCCAGGAUCGCCCCGCGCUUUGGGAAUAUCUGUUCACCACUCGGCCCGGGAUUGGCUGGAUUCACGGGAGCGCCUCGAUCACUGGGAUUGCACUGCAGCUCCUCAUCUGCGUGAUGCUCGUGUGCUCCAGCACCUUUGUCCGGAAGAGCGGCCAUUUUGAGGUCUUCUACUGGACUCACCUGUCCUACAUCUUCAUCUGGGCGUUGUUAGUCAUCCAUGGGCCUAAUUUUUGGAAAUGGUUUGUGGUUCCUGGAUUUCUGUUUGUGGUGGAGAAGACAAUUGGCAUUGCUGUGUCACGCAUGGGGGGGCUGUACAUUGUGGAAAUCAACCUCCUGCCAUCGAAGGUGACUCAUCUUGUGAUUAAGAGACCACAGUUUUUCCACUACAAGCCUGGAGACUACGUUUACCUGAAUAUCCCAGCGAUUGCGAAGUACGAGUGGCAUCCUUUCACCAUUAGCAGCGCUCCUGAACAACAAGAUACCAUCUGGCUGCAUAUAAGAUCACGAGGACAAUGGACCAACAGACUCUAUGAAUAUUUCAGGUGGCCUGAACCACUCAGCCAGGAUCCUAAACGGCUACUGAGAAAUCUAAGAAAGCAGAGGUACCACAAAUGGACUCAGGAACAUCUUUUCUGCUCAUCUGGUUUGGAGGCGUCAGUAGCCACCAGUAAGGAUGAAACAAUUGAACUGACGUCUUACAAAGCCACCAGGUACCCUGGCUGCGAACCUGCUGACCUCACUGUCACCAGAAGGGAUGAAGAAGGGAGCCUGGAUGCCAGAGAAGUUUCUGCCAAGCUGAGUGAGAAUCACAGAGUUUGUAAUAUCAAGUGUUAUAUUAAUGGCCCCUAUGGGACACCUACGCGAAGGAUCUUCACCUCGGAACAUGCUGUGCUGGUAGGCGCUGGAAUCGGCAUUACUCCCUUUGCCUCUAUCUUGCAGAGCAUCAUGUACAGGUAUCGCAUGAGAAAACAAAACAAUCCCUGCUGUGGCUAUUCAUGGUGUGAGAGCCUCAAGGAUGAUGAAAUGAAGCUUAGGAAGGUUGACUUCAUCUGGAUCAACCGAGACCAGAAGUCCUUUGAGUGGUUUGUCAGCCUGCUCACUAAGCUGGAAAUGGACCAGGCUGAUGAGGAACUGGAAGGCCGUUUUCUAGAGAUGCACAUGUACAUGACUUCAGCUCUUAGUAAGAACGAUAUGAAGGCUAUUGGUCUGCAGAUGGCUUUAGAUCUGCUGGCUCAGAAGGAAAAGAAAGACUCUAUCACCGGACUCAGGACCAGAACCCAACCAGGCCGCCCUGACUGGAGCAAGGUGUUCCACAAGAUGGCAGAGGAAAAUAAAGGGAAAGUCCAAGUCUUCUUCUGCGGGUCUCCAGCUCUUGCCAAGGUAGUCAAGGCUCACUGCGAACACUUCAACUUCAGAUUUUUCAAAGAAAAUUUUUAAUAAUCUCUCUCUGUCUGUCGCUACCUUUCUAAAUAGCCUGGAGAGAGGAGUUUAGAAUCCUCUUCCUGCAGGUGAUUUAUAGUGUAAUGUAGGUGUUUGCUUCUGUAAUUGCUGGUGCAUGCAUCAUACUUACAAAAGAGCUUUCUUUACCUUCCUCUCUGAUUGUACGUGGGGAAAUGUACCGUGUUUGCCCAAAGCAUGGUCUAAACAUGCUCCAUAAAUAAAGCAUGUCUGUGUUCAGCUGAACCUGCUGUCCAGCAUCUCCAGCUGAG